UCCCUCCCUUCUUCCUGUACAAACCCCCACUUACCAAAAGCUGCCUACAGUGGAGAUCUGCUGCAUCAUAUCUGAGCGUAUGCAGAUGAUGUAAUUAAAUGGACCUACCUGCGUAUUUGAGUUUUAGCUUGUAAAACUACUGUUACAGAAUACAAGAGGAGAGGAAGACAACUAAAAGACUUAACAGAGCUGAUUGCUUGGAAAGAUGGGAAACUGCAUCCACAAGACAAGGCAGGAAAUCCGUGCCUUCAGGAAGGGGCAAGACAAGACAGGAAAAUGUCUUAGAUGCGUUUCAACUGCUUCUAAGAAGAAUCCCAAGAGAAAAGACUCUGACAGUGCCAGUGAGAUAUGCUAUGCAGUCAUCAUUCCUCAGAAUAAUCCUGAGGAAAAAGACUCUGACAAUACCAGUGAGGUAUGCUAUACCGUCAUCAAUCAUCAAUCAAUCAAGGAAAAACCCAGUGUGAACAAAAGCAAAGUUGAGAUUGAAUAUACACUUGUUAACAUGCCUGCCAGCAAAGUGACCACCAACAGCUCCCAGGACAAUGAAUAUGAAUAUGUGAUGAUACCACAGAAAACCAACAUCCCUUUUCCUUUUAGAGGUGCUUCCUAUUAAGUAGCUAAUCAACUGCCUACUCAACUGUAUUUCCAGUCACGCCUGCACUUCAAUCAGGCAAAAGGCAUCCUGUUCUUCUACAGAGUGUAUAAAAUAAGACAGGUCUGCCUCCUAGAUCCUAAGAGACGCAUUUGUCCAUGAAGAGUUGAACAUACCUGGAAAGAAACUGAUAUGGUAUACAAAUCAAUGUAAAUGUUGCACACAAAUGAGCAGUCCCAGUCUAUAACAAGGUGGCAUUUCGGUAUAGGACAUUAGGAGCUUCAUUGCUACCAGCUGCUGAGAUGUGUUUUCAGGUGGAUUGCUGCAUUAUUCCACUUUUUAAAAUUAUAGAUUUGAAAUAUGUCUUCAUCUCCGUGACAAGCCCUUGUAUGGGCUUGUCCUGAUAAAGCCUAGUAAUUGAGACCCUGUGCAGUCUGUGGCUAGUUUUUAAAUCUACCUUGAGAAAAAGAAAGGUCUUAAUGAAAUUUGAUCUAAAUGUAACAAUAACAUUUCACUGACAAUUGCAUGAAAAUAAUACCAUACUACCAUCACUACAAGGAUGGUGGAGCCUACAGACGGACCUUAUUUUGCUUCAAAUGCACAUAUGCCAAACCCAUUAUUUCCUAUAUUAGUUCCAUUACCCCUAAUGGAACUCAAUUCUUUCAAAUUCAUUAUUAUGCUGUGGUACCUUAUGCUAUUGCAGCACUGUGCUCUUUAUGAUGAGGGUCUAGGAGCAAGACCUAGGGCGAGAGUAAACUGUGCAAGCUUUUUGUGCGCCGUUUUCUAAAUAUAGCCCAGUCCUUGACUACCUGUUAUUCCAGUUGGGGGUUUUCCCCAAGGCACAGACCAAUGAAUAGGUGUCAUUUCUGAUAUGAAUAGAGGUAUACCAUCUAUAAGAUAAGAGGCAUUUUCUUGUGCAGCUUCAGAAGGAAAAAAAAAACAGGAAAAAUAAAAAUCAGAGCAGUUAUGCUUGGUGGCACUUGAGGACAAUAAUUCCUCAUGUAACAUUUUGGCUUCCAUAAGCCAUCCCAUUAACAUGAGAGCUCAGCAUUUUUAAACACAUGCUAACUGAUUGUAGAACAUAUAUUUGCAUUUUAUGGGUGAUCAGUGACAUGAAAAAGCAUGCUUCUGGAAAUGCUGCUGGUUCUUGUAUUCUAAAUUUGCCUCAAAAGGAAAGGUAAAUAAACUGCAAUUUGCUUGUUGGAUAUCGCACUCGGGAACUGUAAUGCAGAGCAGAGGAGAUGGGAUGGUGGCGGAGGAGGCACUCUGGUGGCAACCAGCUUUCCCCACAAAUGUCUGGCAGCUCCUUUUCUCCAGAACUUUUGAAUCCAACUCUGUGACUCCAUCCUGCUGCCCUUGCCCUCACAAACCUCCUGAUACUUGCCCUACUUCCCCCUCUGCUUACAACAGCAAUUGGGAGCUACUCCAUUCCCCAAGUAUGGUAAAGGUGGUGGGGCACAGGGAGCUAGACAGAUUCUUCCCUCCCUCUCCAGCACCUUUCACUAAAUCCCUGGGAAGGCAACAGAUAAAAAUGAGCAACUGCAUUUCUUCCUAGCAGUGCUGUAGAACAUUCUCCCAAAUUAGAAAGGGCUUAGGGCACGAAAAAUCACUAUUGACAACAAGAGCCAUGGGAACAAAACAGCAGAGUCCAGGCAAGGCUACUUUACACAACUCCCACUGCUUGCAGAUAUUCUUCAUGGCAUGCUGCUUUGGGAGACAAUGCAACCACUACCUUCCAUUAAGGUAGAAGCAAAUUUUUCCUUCCACCAAUAAAUGAAAUUGAAGGAAAUAUUGUUUUUUAUACACACAAAAAAUGUAAUGCACUACAUAAGAGCCAACACAAAAAUCAGGAAAUGGGAUGUAUGAUUUUUGUCAGCCACAGCUAAACUGUAUGUACCAAUAUAGUGUCAGCAAGUCAUGUGACGCAUGUUAAGAGCCAUGUGAUCAACUAAUUUACCUUGUAUUAUUUACGAAAUUUAACUAAAACUCACAUGAGUAAACCUCAACUGGGGCACUUACAGUUUUUUUUUCUAACAACUGUUCAAUAGUUCUAGUUGUCUAAUAAAUUCAUGGUUAUUUUUUCACCUCAAAAUCACCAACUGGGGACAACUUUAAAAUGUUAAGUAGUAUCAUAAUAAUAAUUGAAUGCAUAUAAGGCAGCUUUCAAAAUAAUUCUUUAAUAUAAAUUGAGAACUUAAACUUGAGAAGUUAUUAUUAUUUCCCAAAAGCUCAUCUCUCACCAUAACAUAAAAAGGUUUCUAAAAUAACAUGUUUAUAAAAAAAAAAAUUCACAUUUUAACCUUUACAAAAAUAUACACAGACAUUUUCCUGAUCGAAUUAUACUUCAUUUAUACAACAUUAAAUUUGUGUUCUGUCCACAAAGUCAUGAUACUCGUAAGAAAGUCUCUCUUCAAAUGUGAUCCCUUGCUCAUGUGUAGUGUUGUAGUAAAUUGUUACUCAUUUUGUAACACAUACCUAUAUUACACACUUCAAAACACAAAAGUUUCUUGAUCUUCUACUGGCUUACUUGGCACACUGUCUUGCCUUCAUGAAGGCCUAGUGCUUAAUGCUUUGGUAUACAGGGAAUGCUUUUGGAGCAAAGUAUCUGCAAGAUUACAACACAGGACAAUUUCUGAACCUCAGGAACGUCCAAGGUACUUCAUAACACUGAACAACAAAGGACUCAAGUCUUCCCUCCACCCCAACCUUCAGCUUAAAUUCUCAAUGCAAGA